UAACGGUUGUGUUUUUGACUUGUUUUAUUUUUAAAUAUAUCCUAUGUGUUUUGGCUUUUUUCUAUUUCGUAUUGUUAAUAAUGCUACGUUUGUGACUGUGAUUAUUUAGAUAAUUAAUACAAGAACUGUUUCCUUUCGAUUUACCACGAUGCAGCGUCCGACCACUAGCUCGGAGCGCACGCCCCUGGUGCAGCCGGUGUACGUGUACGACUCCGGUGUGGGCCGCAGAUACCAGAAGCGAUUACAGCACUUUCAAUGUGCCAUAUGCGUUGUACUCAUCGCCAUCCUCGGGAUUUCACUAUUGGUGACCGUGUCCUAUAAUCUCGCUGAGGGCGUGUUCGAUGACAUUGAAAAUGAAAAUGGCACGGAGACACUGUCAACGAAGACCACGGCUAAGCCGGUGAUCAUACCAUCUGAUGUUCCACUCCCUCUGAUCGUGGAGAGGAACCUCACAGCUGUUUCGCCGUCUUUACAGCCAUUCCUCAACUUACAGUGGCCUUUAAAAGGUUGGUAA